AUUUUCCUACCGAAAUACAACACACCUCCUGUAAUUACGGGCACGAACAUUUCCUACCAGUGAUCGAGCAUCGAGCCGAAACGUCGUGCAGUGCAGUGCACGUGAAUUUCCUGAUAAAACGCAUAACGCAGUUAUCGUUAUACUGAAGUGUCCUGCAUGUCAUGAACUAAAAGAAAGUAAAAACCAGAACUUCAAAUGGCUUCAAGAUUUAAAAAGAUCGCAGUAAGCGGCAUAACAGGAACUAUAGGAGCUGGAAUUGCGACGUAUUAUCUUCUACGAGAUGACGGCAAACAACCAUGGCCUACAGCUGUCAGCGCUAAAGAAGCCAGUUUGAAACCAAAACGUGUGCUGCCGACGAGAGCUGAUCAAAUAAAAUCACUUCAGUCCGAAAAAUUUGAUAUCGUUAUUAUUGGUGGUGGAGCCACUGGAGCAGGAUGUGCCCUAGAUGCUGCUACAAGAGGUCUCAAAACUGCUUUAAUUGAAGCAGAUGACUUUGCCAGCGGUACCUCCAGUCGAAGUACAAAACUUAUCCACGGAGGAGUACGAUACCUUCAAAAAGCUAUCAUGCAGUUGGACUACGAACAGUAUAGAAUGGUACAAGAAGCCUUACACGAAAGAGCCGUCAUGUUACAUCAAGCUCCUCAUCUUGCCCAUCCUUUGCCUAUUAUGUUACCUGUUUAUAGAUGGUGGCAAGUUCCUUACUACUGGGCUGGUAUAAAAAUGUAUGAUCUUAUCGCUGGUCGACAAACAGUUAAAUCUUCCUACUUUCUCUCCAAGAAAAAUGCUCUAGAACUAUUUCCGAUGUUGAGGGGCGAUAAAUUGGUUGGUGGAUUAGUGUAUUAUGACGGUCAACAAGACGACGCUAGAAUGAAUUUAGCAGUAGCAGUUACCGCAACAGUCCAUGGCGCCACAAUCGCAAACCACGUGAGUGCUACGAGUUUAAUCAAAGAAAAGAGAGAUGGCAAAGAUAUCAUUUGUGGCGUUAACGUUAAAGACGAAGUCACUGGAAAAACGUGGAGCAUUCCCACAAAGUGUGUUAUAAACGCUACUGGUCCAUUCACAGAUUCUAUUAGAAAAAUGGAUAAUCCUAAAGUUAAAGAAAUUUGCGCCCCGAGCAGUGGUGUGCACAUCACUUUGCCAGGUUAUUACAGUCCUGAACAGAUGGGUCUUCUGGAUCCAGACACGAGUGAUGGUAGAGUAAUCUUCUUCUUGCCAUGGCAACGACACACCAUUGCUGGCACUACAGAUUUGCCAUGCAAAGUGACGCACAAUCCCAAACCGACUGAAGACGAGAUCAUGUUCAUCCUGGAAGAAGUCAAGAACUAUCUUAAUCCAGACGUAGAAGUAAGAAGAGGAGAUGUACUGUCAGCAUGGAGUGGUAUUAGGCCGCUAGUUUCCGAUCCCAACAAACCUGAUACACAAUCUUUAGCUAGAAAUCACAUCGUCCAUGUUAGUGAAUCCGGACUGGUGACAAUUGCCGGAGGAAAAUGGACAACGUAUAGAUCAAUGGCUGUCGAAACUAUUGACGAAGCUAUCAGAGCCUGUAACUUAACUCCCAAGUACAAGGACAGUCAGACUGAUAUGAUGGUACUCUAUGGCGCCCAUGGCUGGACACCAACCAUGUACAUUCGCUUAGUACAAGAUUUUGGUUUGGAAUGUGAGGUUGCACAACAUUUGUCGAAAUCAUACGGUGACAGAGCCUUUGCUGUAGCUAAAAUGGCUGCCUUAACAGGUAAAAGAUGGCCCAUCAUCGGUAAGAAACUCCAUCCAGAGUUUCCAUACAUCGACGCUGAAGUAAGAUAUGGUGUCAAAGAAUAUGCCGUAACAGCAAUAGACAUGAUCGCCAGAAGACUGAGAUUAGCGUUUUUGAAUGUUCAAGCCGCCCAAGAAGCUCUUCCAGAUAUAGUCAACAUCAUGGCUGAAGAACUAGGAUGGUCCGAAGCCGAAAAGCAAAAACAGAUUAAAGACGCUUCAGAGUUCCUUCAAAACGAAAUGGGCCAAAACGUCAACCGUGCUAGCAGAGACAAGAUUCCUAUUAACUUAAGCAAAGAAGAAAUUCAACUUUAUAUCAAGAGAUUCCAAUACAUCGAUAAGGAUAGAAAGGGAUACGUAUCUAUUAAUGACAUCAGAAGAAGUCUUAAGCAAACUGGCGAGAAAGAGGUAUCCGGCGAAGAACUGCACGAUAUUCUUAAAGAAAUUGAUACAAACAUGAACGGACAAGUCGAACUUGAUGAAUACUUACAGAUGAUGUCUGCAAUAAAAUCUGGACACGUUGCUUAUUCAAGAUUCGCGAGAAUGGCCGAAUUAGAAGAAAUCAAGCAAGAAACAGAAUUACUAAAGAAGAAGGUAUCAGUAGAACGUAGUGGAGGUGGUCUUUAAAUCGUUCAAAUUAAAAGACACGAUUAAAAAUCUUAUUAACUGAAACGAAAGACAUACUUAUUUGAAAGGCAAACUUCUAGGUAUUCUAUUUUUGUCCAUAUCUGUGGCAUAAAUAUUACAAAACUUUACCAAAAAGCGUUAUUAUAUUAUUUAUUUAACGUUUAUUAUUAGUUGCAUGGCGAAAGAUUUCAGUAACAAAAAAUAUUCUCCCUUCUUUAUUUCAUUUCCAUCUAAACCGUUGUUCUUCAAAUGUGGUGCAACUAUUCACAGGUACGUCUACUAAGGCUGUUAAUUACAACCGGAAUAAGCUUUAAUUUCGUUUAGAGAAACAUAAAACUGCAACUGAUCCACAAAAAUAGAAUACUAAAACUUUGUAUUUUAAUAUCAUAUGAAAGCAUGGUUGUAGAUUAGACUUUUCGGAAAGUUUCAUAUCAUUUCAUUGAUGAUCCGAUUCUUACUACUUUUGUAUUACACAAAAAAUACUCAGGAAUAACGCGUCUUUUCCACACAACUUAAAUUAAACUCUUAUUCAUAAUUUAUUUACUGUUCAGUGCAUUGAAAAUCAAGUUUUCUCGUUUUUAAAAUAUCUAUCUGUAAUUGUGCAAGUAUUCAAACUUUAACAUAAAAAUUUGAAUAAUGUGCUACCAAUUUACAUGGGUAUUAUGAGACAUAUGUGAAUUUUUUCCGUUAAAUUGUCCUUUCAUCGGUUCGGUGACUCAUUGGGCUGGCAGGUAAACUUCGAAUGUAGUUUACAACUUUAACCUUUAACGGUUAGAAUCACAUGGCAACAGCAGAAAUAUUUCAAACGUAGCAGUAUAAAACACAAAGAGCCAGAGGCUGAAUUAGAAGUCACUACUAAAAUGGAGUCAGCCGAUCAAUGAGUAUACGGUGAGAGAUGUGAUCUCUCAUCUCGGUGACCGCUCAUUCAUUCAUUUUGACACUCUAGAAAACCGGAAUAUAGUACAGCGAAGUAAAAACAUCGAUACUUUGUUCCUAAUAGACAGAGAUGUAAUAACAAUUAACUUUCGUAAAUUAAAAACUAGAUUAUCAAAAACCACUGGACAUAAAUUAUCAUCUAAGUAUUUAUUUCGAAACAUUAUUUAUUGUAUAUACAACUUAGAGUAAUUUUUGUUGAUUAUUGUUUUAAAUAAAACUAUCUAAAUCG